GCGCAAAGGGUCACAUGCGGUAAAGUCAACUUGGACAGCUGCUUUAAAAACAAAACAACUGCUACUCGUGGAUAAACCUCAAACGACGCAUUUACAUUUUUAAAGAAACUGGGCUAGGCUAAUGUUGCUAACACAAUGGCCACUCCCGCUAUUCGGAUGUUUCGGAGGUUAGAGGGCCUGUUUUGUGUCUACAAACCAUUCGGGGUUCACUGGAAGCUCGUAAGGGACGCCAUCGAGACAAACCUCCUUAAAGGUUUGAGUGAUAUACCUUCCCAGCCACUUCCUCAGGAGGUCCGCUUCUUGCCACAGCCAGGCAGUGAGACUGAAGCAUCCAAGGGCCUCACACUGUCUGCAACCUUAGUGCCUGUACUGUCCAAUCACCCUCUGGUGACUGGACCUGAAUUCCAGCACAUUCGAGUUGGAGUCGGCCAUCGCCUGGAUGCUUUCUCCUCUGGUGUUCUAGUUCUUGGUGUUGGGAACGGAAACAGGGCUCUGGAAGACCUCUACAGGACACGAGUCACGAGGGAUUAUACGCUGGAGGGUGAAUUUGGGACUGCAACAGAUGAUUUCUCUCACAAAGGUCGAGUUGUGGAACGGUCCACCUACGCUCACAUCACACAGGACAAGCUGGAGAGAGUGCUGGCAAUGCUGCAGGGAGCCAAUCAAAAGGCCUUGUCGACGUAUUCAAAUGUAGACAUGCAAUCACAGGAAGCCUAUGAGAUGGCUGUGCAAGGUCUGCUGGGUCCGGAGGGGAAGUCGGCGCCUAUUUUGACAGGCUUGCGUUGCAUUCACUUCCAGCCUCCCAACUUCACUUUAGAGGUCCAGUGCCUGAAUGAAAGCCAGAAAUACCUGCGCAAAGUCGUGCACGAGAUCGGACUUGAACUGCGCAGCACGGCGGUGUGUACGGGAGUCAGACGCACCAGAGACGGUUUCUUCACCCUGCAGGAUGCUCUGACCCGCAACCACUGGACCGCUGCUGAUAUCACGCAGGCCAUCCGACAGUACCACGCCUCUAAGAAGAAUAGAAAGUCACCGAUGAAGAAACUGCCGUCAAAAACAUCUGAAGAUAUGACAGCCGCUCGGCGAAACGAAGCUAAUGAAGAAGCAGCGGUAGGUGAGAUUAAGUAGGUUGUUGCUGAGACGAGCAGCUCCGCCGUGACUCUGUGGGCUUGAUUGCUGCAUCACCUCUCACAGUUGGAAAAGAGGUUUGCAGAUCAGAGACGCUGGUUUUGAACCCUGAGCGAGUAGCGACAGUCAAAUUGGACACCAAUAAUCUAUUUCCCCUCAGCUCCAGAGACACUCGUGCAUCUCUUGUAUGCUGUGAUAGUAACUUAUUCUGUAAAUGUUAACAUGAAAGAAGUGUUUUGUUUUUGUUUUUUUUUAAAUCAUGAAAUAAAUUCAAAUAGAAAACAAGA